CGUAACUUCUCUAACAUGCUGAACAAGAACAACCUUAUACUCCAACAUCGUUAACCAUUCUUAAAACACCACUUUCCUUAUCUUCAGAGUUCAGCUAAGCAUUUCUACCUAUUGGCUCAUCUUUUUUCUCUCUCCUAUUCUUUUUUGUCAAUAACUACUCUCUUGGCUUCUAAGUAUGGUCAAGGCAAGUUGCACUGUGUGUUUGUGUUUGUGUUUGGUCUUGCUUCACAUUUUCCUGUGCUUUGUGCCAACACAAUCAGCCCCUGAAAGUGCCACUGUGACACAGAUUCCUGGCUUCAAUGGAAUACUACCCUCCAAGCACUAUGCUGGGUAUGUGACAGUGGAUGAAAGUCAUGAAAGGAACUUGUUUUACUAUUUUGUUGUAUCAGAGGGUAAACCUGCUGAGGACCCUGUGGUUCUGUGGCUUAAUGGGGGACCUGGCUGCUCUAGCUUUGAUGGAUUCAUAUAUGAGCAUGGUCCCUUCAAUUUUGAGGCAGCAAAGACAAGGGGGGGCCUGCCCUCACUGCACCUCAAUCCAUACAGCUGGUCAAAGGUUUCCAGUGUUAUAUAUUUGGAUUCUCCUGCUGGUGUGGGGUUUUCAUACUCAAAGAAUAAAACUGAUUACAUAACUGGAGACAAAAAGACUGCCUCUGAUACACAUUCCUUUCUCCUUAAGUGGUUUGAACUAUACCCCGAGUUUCUUGCCAAUCCGUUCUUCAUUGCUGGAGAGUCAUAUGCAGGAGUUUAUGUGCCUACUCUUGCUUCUGAAGUAGUGAAAGGAAUUGAAGCUGGUGUGACGCCCAAACUGAAUUUGAAGGGUUACAUGGUGGGAAAUGGUGUUACAGAUGAAGAGUUUGAUGGCAAUGCUCUUGUUCCAUUUGUACAUGGGAUGGGACUUAUCUCAGAUGAUCUGUUUGAGGAGAUUAGCAAAGAAUGCAAUGGGAAUUUCUAUAAUCCAACAAGUGAUAAUUGUUCUCUCAAGCUUCUAAAAGUUGAUGAGGACAUUGAUGAGAUAAACAUAUAUAACAUUCUAGAACCGUGCUAUCAUGGCACAGAGGCAGAGAAGAUUACAGAAUCCUAUAUUAGGUUGCCAUCUAGCUUCCGGAAGUUGGGCGAGACAGAAAGACCUUUUCCUGUGAGGAAAAGAAUGUUUGGUCGUGCUUGGCCCCUAAGAGCACCUGUGAGAGAUGGCAUUGUACCAACUUGGCCACAAUUGAUGAAUAGUGAGAGUGCUCCACCAUGCACUGAUGAUGAGAUUGCAAACUCAUGGUUGAACAAUGAAGAAGUCAGGAAAGCAAUUCAUACUGCACAGAAAAGUGUGGUCAGUAGUUGGGAUUUAUGCACAGACAGAAUUUCCUUUGAUCAUGAUGCUGGCAGCAUGAUCAGUUACCACAAGAACUUAACUUCCAAAGGUUAUCGAGCACUUAUAUUCAGUGGCGAUCAUGACAUGUGUGUUCCAUUCACGGGGAGUCAAGCGUGGACGAGAUCAAUUGGAUACAAGAUUGUUGAUGAAUGGAGGCCUUGGUCAUCCAAUGGUCAAGUUGCAGGGUUUACACAGGGCUACGACAACAAUCUUACUUUUCUAACCAUAAAGGGAGCUGGGCACACUGUUCCAGAAUAUAAACCACGAGAGGCAUUGGACUUUUACAAACGCUUUCUAGAUGGAUCGUCAAUAUGAGAAAGAAAGAGAGGCAGAAGAUUUGGAGUAAAUAAUGAUGGUUCUCAUUUUCUUUCUUCUUUGUUAAUGAUAAUGAUUUGUGGGUGUAUGCAGGCCAGAUGUUAUAUAUCUCUAUUCUAUGUUCACCUCACUAAUUUAUUAUCAUAUUAAUAUUAAAUUAUAUGUCAACCUAUGGGAGGCGUAGCUUUUUAUUACAAGUUUUUGAAUGAUUGCAAAGUUAUAUUUAUAUUUUGAUUUAAGGG